AAGAAUGUGCUUGUAACCGGCGGCGGCAACAAUAUCGGUCGGGCCAUUGUGCUCGCGUUUGCCUCCGAAGGAUGCAACGUAGCUAUCGCCGAGUUGGACCACGCCGCCGGCAAGCGUGUCGCUGCCGAAGUGUCCGCCCUUGAGUCCGGCGCUUCCGCCAUCGUUGUCGACGCUGACGUGACCGAUCAGGCCCGCACCGUCGCCAUGAUGAACGAGGCGAUUGAUCGCUUGGGAAGCGUGGACGUUCUGGUCAACAACGUUGGCUGGACCAUCGACCGCCUCUUCAUGGACAAGUCACGAGACGAGCAUGUCAAGGAAGUGGACGUCAACCUCUGGGGCGCCAUCAAUUGCAUCCAUGCCGUCCUUCCUCACAUGAUCGAGCGGCAAUCCGGCGCGAUAGUCAGCAUCAGUAGCGACGCCGGCAGAAUAGGUGAGUACCGUGAGGCCGUCUAUUCAGCCUGCAAGGCCGGCGUGAUCGCCCUGAGCAAGUCCCUCGCCCGCGAGAACGGGCGCUACGGUCUCCGCUUGAACAUGGUGUGCCCCGGCCUGGUUGUUCCCGACCGUUCCGACCUGUUCACGGACGACGUGCUCGAACGAGUGAAACGCGCCUACCCGCUCCGCCGCAUGGGUUCCGCCCAGGAAGUCGCCAACGCGGUGGUUUUCCUCGCUUCCGACGCUGCCAGUUUCAUCACUGGCCAGACCCUCAGCGUCUCCGGUGGCUACACCAUGAUGUAG